GAGGAGUGAACUGAAGUGGGUUUUGUCUGUAUUCCGUAAGGGGUGCGAAUGUUGGAAGAUAAGGAAGCAAAGCGAGACGCAUGGCUGAAAAUAGCGCACCGCUUCACCGUAAUAUCUGUCAACUCUUCUUUUAUAUAUUACCAACAAAUACCACUGGCUUGGCUUGAGAUGUGUGACGAGAAACAAAGGGGAUUCAUUUACAAUGUCGGAUGGGAAACGUGUCAUUUUGAAGACAUGGAUACCGGAAACAAUGAUUUUGUGGGUAGAUCAGAUCGGGGUUGUGAUGUUGGGUUAGGUUUGAUGAUGAUGCAAGAAGUUGAGGACUCUUGUUCAAACAAGAGCUUCGUGGCACUUGACCAGCAUUCUUCAGCGUCACCAUCUUCUUGUUAUGUUGAAGGAUUUGAUGGACGAGCUAGUGGUUGUGGUGGGCCCAUUGUUUGCAACACAAGCAAUCAGAAACCAUGCAGGGGUGAUAUAUACGAUGUUGUCGGUGCUGCUUCUGCUUCGGCUUCUGCUGCAGUUGUGUUAAAGUCUCUGCACCAUCACUCCUUUUCCGCUGACCCUUCUUUUGCCCACAAUUUCUCUGGAAAAAUGACAGCCCCUGUGAAUGCUAGAGUUCCUUUCACAGCAGCUCAGUGUCAAGAGCUAGAAAGGCAGACCAUGAUAUUCAAGUACAUGAUGGCCUCUGUCCUUGUCCCUGCUGAACUCCUUAUACCCAUCAAUACAAACCCUUCAAAUGUAUCGAUGAAGGGGGUUUUGGAAAUGGGGUUUUCGAGCAAUAGCUCGGACCCGGAGCCAUGGAGGUGCAGGAGAACAGAUGGGAAGAAAUGGAGGUGCUCGAGAGACGUGGCUCCUGACCAAAAAUAUUGCGAGCGUCACUCCCAUAAGAGCCGUCCCCGUUCAAGAAAGCCUGUGGAAUUGCCAAACCACUCGUCCAAUAACAACAGCAAUGAUCACAAAAUGCUAACACUUAAAAACAUGGCAUCUGAUGGCAGUGGCACCAAGCAGCCUCAUCAAAGCCCACAUUUUACAAGCCACAACAACGAUGUUCGUUUAUUCACAUCUUCAUUUGAUCAACCCAGGUGCUUGGAGUGGUUCGUGAAAGGGGAGACAACCGUUCCUUUUGCCAGCAAUUCCAACACCGAGUGGCAGCAGUUUAAGGCACAAGGCACGAAUUAUGGGGGAAAUGCUAGUGAACAUCAUCAGCUGCAUCUAAACGAGCAGUUCAGCCCCAGUUUAGCCUCUUUGGGAGGAUCCUUGAACCUCAACCAAACACACUCACAAGACACGAGGGCCUUCAUCUCUGCAUGGUCGACAGCGGAUAGAGAGGUUGUUGAAAUGGAUGGAAUAGGGAGCAAACGCCAUGUUUAUUCAAAUGAGAAGCUGCCACUCUCAUCUCUCACACUGUCAAUGUGGGGCGGGAACGAAAACAAUCGAGAGGAAGACGAUGAGAACAGUCAUGAAAUAACGGAAACCAUCUCAUGGAUGGGGUCGUCGCCUGGUGGACCACUGGCUGAAGCAUUGUGCCUUGGCAUUGCAACAAGUCAAACCACAAGUAGUUGCAGCAAGAGCACAUGAGACAUCCCCCUAAUAGCUACUAGCUAACUAUAAUCUUCAGUUUAAGCAAAAUAACUUCAUUAACUUUGGUAAUCUUAGAACAUUGCUAAUAUUGGACAAAGGGUUUUCUUGAAAUGAAAAUUCAAUGUCAAUGUUAAGCUCAGAAGCUUAUGGAAUGCGAUGAUUAGUGAAUGGCCAAAUGCCCU